ACCACCACCACAGGACGGCGUCGGGCGGGCCGGCGUCCCUGGCGUCGCUGCCCGCGCCCGCGCUGCCCUACGGCCAGGACCCGUACGCCAACACGGGCAACGCCUACCACCACGCCGCGUCCUGGGGCGGCGGCUCCAACUACAACUACAACUAUAACUACCAGCCCGCCGCCGCGGCCGUGCCCGCCGCCCCGCAGGCGCCCUACCCGCCCAUGGUGCUGUACCCCAACCUGUACUCCACCGUGAACCAGAACCAGAUCCACCUCCACCUGCACCACAACCCCACCGGCGGCGAGCUGAGCGCGCUCAGCUCCGCGGCCAAGGCCGUCGGCGUGGACGUCGGCCAGGUGACGCACCAGGUGCACCACCACCAGGUGCAGCACUACGACGACGUGCCCGUCCGCGCCAUCGAGAUCGGCAUCGACCUGCAGCAGCAGGAGCCCAGCAACGUGCUGGCCGGCAGCCUGGCCGAGGCCGGCGACGACCAGGCCGAGAUCAGCCGCUACCCCCAGCACGGCCAGCACGCCCAGCACGACAGCCGGCAGACCGACCCGUCGGUGUGGCGGCCGUACUGACCCGCGUGGACCUAGUGGGCGCAGCGGACACAGUGCAAGGCACAGUGGGCCAGAAGACCGGUGGAGGCGGCCGAAACUCUAGACGCGUUUUGAGCUCCAGAGUCGCUAAACGGGACUCGAACCGAACGUGUGACCCCACUAAUGGAUUGCUCGUUCGGAGAGCCAUGUUCGGAGUGCCAUUUAGCGACUCUGAAAGGCGUCCGGGAACUUCGCCGCCUCCACUGUGAGUGGACCCAGUGUGGGCCAUGGACUCGGUUGGCCACCGGGCAAGGAUCUCAGCGAGGGACUAAAGUGACUGCAGGACCUUGAGGACGAGUCGAGGACUUCGCCGACGAACGAGCCUCCCUGGAAGAGGUCCACUCGCCGGAGCGGCUGGGUGCUCCUCCUUCAGUGAGGAGUUUAGGUGAAUUGAACUCGAAGUGCUUCUUUUAGAAUAGGAAUGUUGCUGGGAAUUUUUUGUCGGUGUGUUGUAGGUUACUUGUAAAUUGAAAUUGUGAAUUCUUUUCUGGGACUCGACUGUUUCUCGGAGUUGCUGCUGCGUCAGUGCGCGGACCAUGAACAGAGGAGCAGUGUUUCUCUAUAAACGUGUUUGACUCUUUUAAGACUCAACAGCGAGAACAACACGAAAGUCAACUAGACAGAGUCAAAUGGCGAGAAGCUGGAGAGUUCCGCUCAGAAAACUGUAUUGUGAUACCUGUAAAAGAUUGUUGUGUAAGCGAUUUUCCUAGAGUGUAAAUAGCAAUCUCAUACGUGAACGCACUUUGGCACAAAAUGUCGCAAUAGGUUCCCUGCAACGACACCUUCGCGGUGUCUCGCGGCUCCUGGUCGUCGAGUUGUCUAAGGACGCUCUCCCAGGGCAGAGUUACACCCUUCUGUAAAGCAUCUGUAAUUUUUCCCCCAUUGUACAAAACGAGUGUAAUCGUGAGAGAAUAGAUCUGUGGUUAUAAUUUUGUAAUAUAUUGUUUGUUUGUUUUUCGUCGUUUUGUAAACUUUGUUUGGCGUGUAUUCUACAUGUAGUGUGCCCCACCGUAUCGAUAGGCGAUAAUUUAUCAUAAUUUUUCGGUAGUAAAAAGAAGUGUUUGAGAGUACUUAAAAAGUUUAUCAUAUACGAUAUUUGAUUUUUGUUCCUUGUGAUGCGUUUUAAAGUUUUGUACGGAUAUUACAAAACCAAUAUUUAGGAAGAGAACGUCCUGUUAAGAAGUACAAGUUUCACUCGCACCUGCAAAAAAUUGAUAGUGUGUCCUUUCAUGUUGUGGCUACUCCUCGUCAAUGUGAAGUUGCGACGACCAACAAUUCUUUUGCUGGUGACGGUAUAGAAAAAAUAUGGAGACAACAAUAAAGAAAAAUAUCAGCA